AUGUCGGCAUCACAGGAGGCAACUUCGAACUCGCAAAGCCUGGCCUCACAGCCCUUGCGCGAGAUUCAGAUGCGGUAUCAAUUGGCCAAAUCAACUUUCAAAACCCUCUGCGAGAUCAAAAGCAACCCAGAUACUUUCGCCCUUCUCAAGAAGGCCUGCUCUGCGACCGAAUUCAAUACGUUUCCCAUCCAAAAGCAUGAGACCGCCUUCUUCCGAGCAAUCAACGAAAGCACAGGCAUCCCCUUUCCCAUCCCCGAAUUCAUAUCCAAGCCAUGGCACAAAGUUAUUCUUCUCGUGCAGAUUGACCUCACAAAGGCUGGCUGGCCAAACAAACUGAAAGGGGAAGCUCGAAAACAGUUAUUCCAGGAACUCCGCCAGAUGUACAAGCUGCUCGACAGCGUUUUGAGAUGUCUGGCUGAUAUACUUGGAGAGAGAGGUGAUGGAAGAGGACUCCAGACAACUCUUGACGUGCUGAGAAGUGUCAAGGCUGAAGUUUGGGAAAAGAGUGGCAACCACCUCUUGCAAGUGGAGGGUAUUGGCCCGGCAAAGAAGGACAGGCUCGUCCGAGCCAACAUCAAGACUAUAAAGGAAUUGUCCAUGAUGGAGUUUUAUCACAUCGAGCGAAUUCUUAGUCGAAACCCACCUUUUGGUCAGACGCUACUGCACAAAGUAGCAGGUUUUCCCAUUCUCACCCUCGACUUUGAAGUGAUCGGUCAAUACACCCCCGAAACUCCAACACCUUUGCCAGCGACUGGUAAUCAAACAGCUGACGAAUCGCUCUGGAUUGCUCGAGCUGUUCUCGGAUUUACCAACGAAAAGACGCCCAGUUGGAAGAGCAGCACGCCAUGGGUCACAUUUGUGGUUGAAGGGGGUAACGGACGACUUGUCUGGUUUUGGCGAGGAAGCGCAAAAAGGCUGGCCGGCAACAAGGAGAUUAUAAUCGGGUUGAGUGCAAAGAGUGGCGAGCAACUAAAGGUUUCUUUUGCUUGCGAGGAGAUUGUCGGGACUACGGUGAAGAUGGAUGUUCGGGUUGGAGGUUGA